CUCUUGUACAUCCUGUGUUUGCAUUUUUCUUCUGUUUCUCUUCUUUUUUUCUAGUCCAAUGCAAGAACUUAUAGUGGUUCAAAGACGCCGUUAUUUGGCUUUACUUGUUUCUUUAGCUAGUUGCUCUUAUAUUGUCAAGACAUUCUGGCGAGCAUUUGUUGUACCAAAGGCUUUGCGCCAUUUGCCCAAAGUUAACACAUUAUCAUGGUUUUGGAGCGUCAUAAAAGGUGAAAGCCAUGAUGUGAGAGUCAAAAAACUCAUGAUGCCUCAUAUGAACGAACACGGCUUAUGCCUCAAAUACAUUCUUGGUCGUUGGACUUUGACUGUUGGCGAUCCUAUCUUAUUGCAGAAGCUGUUAAAAGAUGUAGAUACCUACCCAAAAGAACAAAUCUCCAUGGAUCCUGAUCUUAUUUUAACAAAUCAGGAACCAAAUAUGGGAAAUGCCAAUCAUAAAGACUGGAGAAGACAGCGAGGUGUAGCAAACCCUGUGUUUCAUAGAGCCAUGCCUCUAGAUACGUUUGGUCAAAUUGCAUCUCGAAUGUUUAAAUCGAUGGAAACGCAGUAUCCAGAUGGUAAAGUUGAUGUAGCUGACUAUAUGAGGAGAUAUGCACUUGAUUGUCUUGGCCUUGGUAUUUUUAAUUUUGAUAUGGAAGCUGUGACAGACCCCAAUUCUCCUUACGUAACAAUGUACAAGCAAGCAUUCAGUAUUGUAAGAGAUCCUUUGGUCUAUCUUUUCCCUGCAUAUGCUCGCAUUCCUUCCCGAUAUAUCCCCUAUCGCAAUCGUGCUCGUAAAGCAAACGAAAACCUUCGCAAAUUACUCUCAAAUAUCAUUCAAGACCGCAAAAGCAAGAUACAAGAUCAUGUAUCAGAAGAAAAGGAUUAUAAGCCUGAUUUGCUUACACUCAUGAUCAUGGCUGCUAAAGAGCACCGCAGUGUGGAUAGUUCAUUCUUCUUGACUGAUGGUGAACUUGUUUCUAAUCUUGCAGUAUUCUUCGUUGCAGGCCAUGAGACAACAGCUAGUGCAACUGCUUCUUUCCUUUAUUAUUUGGCUGCUCAUCCUGAAAUUCAAGAAAAAGCGCGCGCUGAAGUGUUGAACGUACUAGGCGAUUUGCCUGAGGAAAUUGCUCCCAAUGAUGGCGAGUUGCGACAAAUGAACUAUUUGAACAAUUGUAUUCGUGAAACUAUGCGGAUUAACCCUCCUACUUCUGGCAAUUUACCUCGUAUUGUAACUAAAGAUACUGAUCUUGGUGGAUUUUUUAUUCCUAAAGAAACUCGAGUAGCUAUUGAACUCUACACCGUUCACCAUUUGAAUCGUUAUUGGUACAAGCCUGAAGAAUUCAAUCCGGAUCGAUUCGAUAAAGAAAGCUCUAGUUACCGUGAAGAAGCUGUAUGGAUGCCAUUUGGCUAUGGCCCAAGACAAUGCAUUGGUCUCAACUUUAGUUUAUCAGAACAAAGAGUACUGAUGGCUAUGAUGUUGAAAAGAUACACUUGGAAGCUUGUAAAAGAUAGCGAGCAUCAAUUAGGAUUAAAGAAUGCUGGUGGUGGUGGCAUUGGUUUGUUAGGUCCAGAGUCCUUACAAAUUCAAUUAGAGAAGAGAUAUGUAUAAAAUGUUGC